AUGUCCAUGAUGACCAGCAGUAGACUACUCAUAGGAUCAUGCAGCCGACAAGGCGCCGGUCUGAGGCGAUGGAGCAGUCAGUCCGGGAGCUUGAGAGGCUUCAGUAGCCAUGCCUGGACACAGCAGUUGGUAGCCGCUGAUGGGGUUGAUGUCAAUGUGAGCCUCUACAAUUUUGACGCUCACAAAACGGCAGUUCUCUGUCUCCCGGGUGCCUUGGGAACAGGUCCUUCUGAUUUUGAAGCCAUUUUGAAUGGAGGACUGGGGGAUUCGAUUGGUGUAGUUGCCAUGGAUCCAAGAGGUUUGGGCGGCGUCAGUGGUGUGGAACGCGACUUUCCUCUCGAUUUCUAUGUCCGGGAUGCUCUGGAUGGAGCCGCUGUCAUGCAGCAACUGGGCGUCAAUCGUUAUUCGGUACUUGGAUGGUCCGAUGGAGCCAAUUCGGCCAUUCAUUUGGCAGCUCGAAGACAGGAAAACGUCGACAAGUUGGUUGUCUGGGGAGGCAAUGCCUAUGUAACAAAAGAAGAUGUCGAUGCCUGGGAGGCAGUCAGAGAUGUGAAGCAAAGUUGGUCCCCGCGAAUGAGAGACGACAAGGCCAAAAUUCAUGGAGGGGUCGACAAAUUGCAGCAUCUCAACGAUCGCGCGACGGAUGGAUGGAUUCGACUCUUCACAGAAGGGGCAGGCGAUGUUUGUCUGAGUGCACUCCAUCAAGUCACUUGUCCGACAAUGGUCCUUCAUGGAGCCAAAGAUGUCAUUUGUAGUAUGACACAUGCCAGAUACAUUGCCAAACAAAUUUCAGAUGUAACUCUUACGGUCUUUCCAGAAGGAAAACACAAUCUGCACCAACGACAUGCCGAUGCCUUUCAUGAGGUCGUCAAGGACUUUCUGCUGGGUUCGAGUGGCAGUGAUCAUGAUCAAGACGACAACCAUUCGUCAACACUUCCGGAACCAGCCAUUGAUCAAAUUGCCUAUGCCUUUAUGGGAAGCAAAGCUCUUUCCACGGCACUCAAAGCAGGAGUGUUUGAUGCCAUUGCUUCGGCAACUGCUGAUCCAUCUGCUGCAAUCGGCGCAACCUUUCAAGAUAUUGAACAACAAUCAGAAGUCCAAGGAGAACGGCUGCGAACCUUAUUGUCGGCAUGUGUCUCACUGAAUGUCAUCCGUCGAAAGGUAAAGAAUGGUCAGGAUUUCUUUACGCUCCCACAAGCAUCGCAUGAUCAGCUGGUGAAAUCUUCCAAACACUAUUGGGGGGAUUACAUUUCCAAUCAGGUGGAUGCACAGUUCUACAAUCGCAUGGAACAUCUCGAUACUGUACUCAGAACGGGAGAUACAGCAAAACAUGGAUAUGAAGCCUGGUUUGAGGCCGAUCCGGAAGCGGCGAGGAAAUACACCGAGGCACAACACAAUGGAUCAUUGGCAACGGCAUAUGCGUUGCACCGUCGUCUUCCAGAAUUGGCCACUCGAUUUCCCAACCUUCGAAUGCUGGAUGUAGGCGGUGGAUCCGGGGCCUUUUCCAUUGCCACGGCACGUAAAAUUGAACAUGCGGAAUGCGUUGUCCUGGAUUUACCCAAUGUCACACAAGUGGCGGCAGAUAUCAUUGCCACGGAGGAAGAGUCUGUCAAAGAACGCCUCAGUACACUGUCACUAUCCGCAAAUGAUCCCGGUAGAUGGCACGGUAUCGUUGAAGAUGAAUCCUAUGAUGUUGUCUUGAUGAGCUAUAUCAGUGGGUCGAUUCCUGUAGUAGCAUUGCCCGGGCUUUAUCAGAAUGCCUUUCGUGUUCUCAAGCCUGGAGGGGUGGCCAUUCUGCAUGAUUUCUUUGUCGACAAUGAUGGGGCAGGGCCUACCAAUGCAGCUCUUUGGGCAUUGGCUCACACAACAGUGAAUCCAGAUGGAAUGGGGCUGCGGCCCAGUCGGAUUGUGGAGAUGCUAACGCAAGCAGGUUUUGUGGCUCCGAAAGUUGAAUCGCUCAUCCCAAAGACCACCCAAACCAUUGUGGCAACAAAACCAGCAACGAAGCCCAUUUCGAAGCUUUGA